AGCACCACCAUCUCAGCAUAUGACCUGCAGUCUUUAUGAAACUAUCACUAACAGGACAAUCUUUAAAAUUUUACAUUGGAAUAUGCUUAAAUCAGUAGUAGCUAACAGACUUAAGGUUAAUUGAGAUAGCUACUAUAAGCACUUGAUGCAUUCUAAUGUUAAUACAAACGGCAACAAUAGGCGAGAGCUUUCAGCCAAUAAACAUGGGAUUCUUGAAACACACCUCACAGGGAUACAAUUCAUGACGAUUACGAAUAUGAAGGCUAAAGAACCCUGAAGGACUUAAAACAGUGAGGUGCUGCUUAUGGCUCAGUGGUAAAUCGUUAUAAGUAUCUGAAAGUCGCAUGACCUCACUCGUGAACCGCCAUUGUGUUGCUUCCGAUUAAGUAUCAUUUCACAGUCUCUUCCUUAGUUGAGUCAAUGAAAAUAGGCAUGCUAUGUCCAAGAAGGAAACGAUCUGACCCGGCGGUCGACUAUGGCCCUGUCAUUGACAUCCAGAAACUUAUUCAGGACUACGUCUGGAAAGAGUUCACCCGGGAUGUGUGUUGCAUCCAAGGUAUCUUUGUCCGCCGGAGCGAUUUCAUCAUUGACAUACCAUGGAGUUUCUUCGAAAUUUAUCAUCGUACGGUCAAGUUCACUCCCCGUUCGAAGCUGGCCAGUGGCCUUCGAGAGCAGAAACAGGUGGUUCUUUUUUCGACCAACUUUAGAAACAACACACAGAAAGAGCAAUCUUAUAAGUUGAAGACGCAAAGACAUACUAAAGCAACGACUACGAUUACUUGUCAACGUGGUUAUAUGGUUGGUUGUUGCACCAAUCUCUAUCUGAAACUUCAGCUUCCAGAAAAAUAUUCUGAUUGCGGUGUUAGCGCCGGUUUAAGCGGUCAGUUGACUGUAACCAGACCUCCUGGCGAAACAAUUGAAGAGACUUAUAUCUGGGAGACAGAUAGUGACGUUGUGGUCGAACCAAACUAUCUAACAGAAGCAAAGAUUAUGUUAACCGAAGAUGAAAUGGUUGCAGACUUUGAAGUACGCUCAACACUUCGAAUGCCGUCGGGGGAAGCUCCAGUAACCAUAAGGCGAAAGAAAGAUAUGGAAAUUCAAGGAAUAGUUAUGAUUACAGAUCUCAGUGAUGUGUUCGCUGAUUGUAACGUAUCCAUUAUUGAAGUCACGGCGGGUGACCGUAAAAUAACGUACCAUAUAGAAAUUACAACUAUUGGCAUAUUGCAAAGUAUUCGUUGGCGAAAUCAAAGAAUUCUGCUCGAGUCCCACCCCAUAGACCACGACGUGAAGUUGGAUAGUGCGAGGGAGCAUAUGAAGCAGACGCAGUCUACCUCACUUGAGUCGAAGGAAUCUGUAAUUCCCAUCGAAACAAAGGAGGUUUGCUCGCAAGUAGUCAGACACGCGACGAGGUCUAUGGAUGCGAAUCUCGUUCCACAUACACCGCAAGAAGAAGACAGGUCAGAAAAAUCAGAAAAAUCUGAGAUAUCAGAAACGAAAGAUAUGCGUUUCCCAAAUAUUCCAACAAUAAUUACCGAAAUGGCUGAAGAGCAGCCACCAGGGAUGUUGAAGGGAGGAGAAAAGCAACUGUCCCCGAUGGAGAAAUCUAUGCCUCCACACUCGCUGUCCAGGCGUCAGAGUGUACCUGUGGCUUUAAAGACUUCCGAACUACCAAUUGGUCCAUUACGACAAACGCGCUCUGUUGAGACGGGAACUGCGGCCAGAAGGAGUAUCGAAAGUCCAACCAGCUUAGCCAAAGUAACCAAACUGUGACGCCCAGACAGUGAGAGAUGGGGACCGCGUAGUCCACCACCGAUGACUGCCCAUCAACAUCACGUGUCCAAUGAUGAAGACCUCUGCAACAAGACGUAUAGAUUACAAGGACGACACCUGUGGUAUCAUCACUAAAGAGUCGAAGAUGAUUAAACCUGAGCUCCACCAAACAUACUACAAACACAGAAAAACAGAUCAUUUAUAUACAAAUAAUCGAUCAAUCAAUCGAAGCACUAUCAAAGCGUGCAGGUGGAUUGAUAUGUAUUGUCACUUGCUGUAUCACCUUUGUUUGCAUGGCACUUGACCAGCCCACAUCAUCUGUCACUAAUACCAGUGAAAUAUCUGUUGGUUUAUAAUUGGUGUUUAUAUAUUUUUUUUAUAGAAUAUCUGCUAAAUCCGAAAGAUUUGUUAAAUGUUGUUAGUUGACGGUUAAUCGAAAUUAUAUAUAUAUAUAUAUAUAUAUAUAUAUAUAUGUGUGUGUGUGUGUGUGUGUGUGUGUGUGUGUGUGUGUGUGUGUGUGUGUAUAUACAUACAUAUAUAUAUAUGUGGACAUAUAUUCAUAUAUAUAUGUAUAUU